AUGAAGUACCUGACAAGGCUGUCCUUGGAAGUUCAAUUUAAAGCUGCAUUAUCCACUAUCCUUCGCGGACUUGACUUCCCUGCUAUCAAAUUCCUCCACGUUCGGGCAAUUGCGGGCCAUCAUACGGCCUUUUCAAUUGCUCCAGAAGGUCGCCCGUUCACAGAGGUGAUCCAACACGACCUCCCGUUCUUCACACAGCUGAAGACACUCUGCCUGACCCGUGUAAACAUCAGCGACGAGGAUCUUCGCUCCCUCCUACGCCUGACCACCUGGCUUCAGCACUUGUGUGUGCUGAAGGGAGUUGAUGCAAAUAUAUCCUGGUUUGAAGACUGCCGCGACCUCGUGUCGUUCCUUACGAUUGACAAAGCAGGUAUCAAGAAUGUUGUGGACUUUCCUCCACCUCUGCCGCACUUGCAAACCCUCAAACUCUACCACAGCCGGGUAUCGUCUCCGAACCAUUCAUCGCCAGCUGCAUAUGGAAACUUAGCACGCUCGCGCUUCUCGUGGAUGGUUCGACAGACUGAAACGAACUCGCAACUUCAGAAUGACAACCGAGUCAAUUCUCCUCCUUUCGAGAUGCACCUCUCAGUCGAGUGGGAGAACCGAGACGUCUAUGAAUGUAUUAAAAGGUCCAUCGAGGACGAGUUGGGCAGCACAUAUGCCAGUCUUCUUCGAGUCAAGGUUUGCAGGGCUGGUUCCCUGGAAAAUGUGGUUGAAACUGAGGAUGUCCCAUUCAAAUAG